AUGACGAAGCCGCUUUGUAAAUGCCAUCCGACAUUGGAUAAAAGCGCAACAAACAUAAAGAGUAUUUUUCAUACGCUCAUCUUCCUUGCUCCACACAUAUUCCAUUGGUAUAGAUUUUUCAUACUGUUUCUGAGCAGUGUCGUCUCUAUCAAACUGGGCAAAGCAGAUAUUUUUGCCUCAAUCUCGGGUACCUCAGGCUGUUCGGACGAGUCGGACAGCCUGUCGGACGGGGCGACUUUUACAGGUCCUGGUCCCGUCCGGGUGGGCCUGUUGUUGAACCAGAUCCCGAGCUCCAGCCGGACGGCUGCAAGUUCUUUUCCAGGACCCGUUGAGGUGCAGCUUUGUGUUGUUGUUCUGUGGCUGGUAUGGCUGGCUCACCGACGAGUGUUCUGGGCAUGA